AUGGGUCCUGGUUUGAUGCUUGAAGAAUUUCUUACUGACUCUUGCAUUAUUCAGGACAUGCCUAGCUUAAGGAUGAUUGGCAAAGCAUUCUCACCUGCUUAUUGUGCUUACCUAUUGAAUGUGUCUCCUAAUUUUGAACCUCAAUUCUAUCAUGAGGCUGUAAAAUACACACUGAGGGAGGCUAUGGGUAAUGAGUUGGAGGCAAUGGAGUUAAAUAACACUGCAAAGGUGUACACUCAAGAAGAAGGUUUGGACUUCAUUGAAAACUUUUCUGCAGCAGCCAAGCUUGUUAUGGUCAAAAUUCUUCUAGCCAUUGCAACCAUUAAGCAUUGCAAACAAGCUACUGCUAAUGCACAGGGGGCGAGCAAAUUGGUUUGCAGAUUGCAUAAGUCCAUAUAUGGUCUCAAACAGGUAUCAAGACAGUGGUUUUCAAAGUUCACAAAUGCCCUCAUUUCACAUGGUUAUCAUCAAUCAAAAUCUAAUUAUUCCCUAUUUACUAAAGGUUUUGGCAACUCCUUUGUGGCAUUAUUGGUUUAUGUUGAUGAUAUUAUCAUAACCGGUUCUGAUUAUGUCGACUCCUUGAAGGCCUUUUUCCAUAGCCAGUUUAAACUUGAGGACCUUGGCCAGCUUGAAAUUUAUUGCUCACAUAAAGGAAUUUUCCCUUAUUGGCAUCAUUAUACACUUCAACUUCUUGAGGAUACUGAAUUUCAGGAUUGCAAGCCAAUUAUCUUACCGAGGGAUCCCAAGUUUCAUUUAUGUUCAAUUGAAGGUGAACUUCUUACUGAUAAUUCUCUAUACAGGAGAUUGGUUGGUCGUUUGCUUUACUUAACCAUUUCUAGGCCUAACAUUACCUUUGCAGUUCAUAAGUUAAGAGAUUUUGUUUCUCAACCUAGGAAACCUCAUCUCAAUGUUGUCCACCAUCUUUUACAAUAUCUUAAACCAACUCUAGGGCAAGGUCUUCUUUUUCAAUUCAAUCCUCUUUCCAAUUUCAAGCAUUUGCUGAUGCUAAUUGGGAGGGCUUGCCUCGACACAAGAGAAUCAAUUAUAGGUUUCUGUGUCUUCCUUGGUGAUUCUUUGGUGUCGUGGAAAGCAAAGAAACAAAGCACUUUGUCUAGAUCUUCUGCUGAGGCGGAAUAUCGAGCAUUGGCCUUAUCUGGAUUUAGCAAUUGCUUCAUAACCUUCGAGUUUCAUCUCCUGCUCCUGCUUUAA